GCCAUCCUGUCCCACAUGAAGAUAGAAUGCAAGUGCCAUGGGGUAUCGGGCUCCUGCGAGGUCCGCACUUGCUGGAAGGUCAUGUCCCCGUUCCGCAAAGUGGGCGGCAUCCUGAGGGACAAGUUUGAAGGCGCCACCGAAGUGCAUCCCAAACGCGUGGGCUCCCGGAAGCUGCUGGUGCCAAAGAGUUCCCACUUCAAGCCCUACGGCACUCAUGACUUGGUCUACUUGGCGGCCAGCCCCGAUUUCUGCAACUGGGACCCACACGGAGGGAUCUUCGGCACCACGGGCCGUCACUGUAACCGGACUUCCGCCGCCCUGGACGGCUGCGAGCUGCUGUGCUGCGGGCGAGGCUUCCGCACAGCCCAGGCGGAGGUGGUCGAAAGGUGCAGCUGCAAGUUCCGCUGGUGCUGCGCGGUCAAGUGCAGACAGUGCCGGAACUUGGUGGAAGUGCACCGCUGCCGGUAG